CUGAUCUUACUAUACUCUUAUGACAAAUAAAAUCUGAUGUUUCUGUAGUUGUCUCCAAACAACAAAGAAAAUAUAUAAUUUCAGAAGAUAUAUAAUCUUGGUGGGGUUUUGGAUAUUUGUAUGGUUCUUAUUCUUCUCUUUAUAAAAAUGAGUUAGUGGAUUUUACCAUUUACUAGUUGGGAGUAUAUACGGACCUCUUUUCCCAUUCAUGAUUUUUGAAUUAUAUUUAAUUCUAACAAAUUCAUUUUCACACACAACGGAGACAACUAUGCAAUUUCUUUAUCCAGUAAAACAAUUUUUGAAUAUUCAAAAUUAUUAUUACUGGGUUGUUGCAAUCACAUUUUUUGGUACUUUUGCUAUGAUCAGUGGAUUCGUUGCUUUUGAUACAAUAUUUGUCAUUUUCAUUCAACAUGCUUGUGGAAUGUUUGCAAUAUUGAUUGAACGUUUAAAAAAUAUAAAUGGAGAUAAUGCCAUUUUUCUCAAGCACAACAAUAAUAAAAAUCAAGAUAAAAAUUGUAAAAUUCUUAUUGAAUGCUUGGCAGUACAUGAAAUAAUUAUUGAAUUUACAGAUUUAGUUAAUUCUACCUUUUCUUUAGGACUACUAAUAUCAACUAUCUUAAACUCAAUUCUUUUAAGCUUCACAUCAUUUUGCGCUCGUGAAUAUAGACAUAAUCCCACUAUUAUGACGAGGUACAUAAUCUUAACUGUAGUUGAGAUAUUUCAUCUUUUCAAUAAAUUUUGGCAAUGUCAAACAUUAAUUGAUCACAGUAUUUUAUUUAGAAAUUCUAUAUAUGAUUCGAAUUGGUAUAAAGUAUCACCUAAAACAAAAAAAGUUUUGUACAUUAUGUUAAUUAGAUCGAAAAAAUUGUGUACAAUAACAGCAGGAAAAUUCUUUGAAAUGUCUUUUCAUACUUUCGGGAAGAUUUUAAAAACAGCUGCUUCAUAUUUCACAGUUUUAGUAACUAUAAAAAAAGUAUAAAAAUUUUCGAAACAACCUAUGAUAAAAAUACAAAUAUUUUGUUAAAUGCUAAAAACAAAAAUAAUUGUCAAACUGUGACGCGAAAUUUAAUCAACUGAUGAGUAAUUCCAGAUGAACUUAUCACAAAAAAAUUGUUGGAUAAUAAUUAUGCUAUGGAGAAUUAAUAUAAUU